GGACGUAGGGUUCGGUUGUCAUGCGGAAGAGCGGCGGGCGCGGUUUUGUUGUGCUGGGGCAGGCGGGCUGCCGCGGCGCCUCAGGUUUUGCUGGAUACUCAGAAACAUUUUUAGGAAACAAUGUCCCUUGACUUUGAUAGUGGAGCUCUACAAACUCAACAUGAAGAUGAGGACUAUGAUCAAGAGGAUUAUGCAAGAGAACAAGAGUUGCAACAACUAUUGACAGACCUUCCCCAUGAUAUGCUGGAGGACAGUGGAGACCAGCUCUCCAGCUAUUCAGACUGUAGCAUUCAUGAGACUGAGGAGCAAUCACAUGAGCCUGGGAAUCACGAUGGAAGGUGGAAUGAUCAUCCAUUGAUAAGUGAUCCUCAAAAUGAUUAUGAACAAGGACAAAAUCUGUACCCUGAACAAUUCUUGUGUGACCAGCAAAACAAUCACAUGGAAAACCAUGCAAAGAAUUGGAAUGGCCUACAUAACAAUGAAGAGAACGAACGUUUAUAUGAUGUUAAAGAAGAUUACCAUGGCCAGAAUGGUCAAGAGAAUCCUGAUGACGUGUAUCUUGGUAGAGAUGGGUUUAAUGCUCCAAGUUGCUACCAACAGAACAAUAUGUAUCAUCUUCCUGAAAACUUCAGGCCUUAUACAAAUGGCCAUAAGCCAGAAUUUAACAGUCAACAAAACAAAAUAAUAAGUUUUCCAGAUGCUGCAAAGGAACAUCUUAAGCAAUUUGCUGCAUCUGAUGUCGGCAGUGGCCAAUCGCCGGAAUCUUACAAAGUGACUUACAAACCCUACCAGAAUGCUGUUCAUCAGAAAAUUCCAGUGAUCCAAGAAGGAACCAAAAGAAAUGAAGUGUUUGAAGAUUUGCAACGUGAAUUCUUGGAUAACGAUGGAAAGUCUUCAGAAAAUAUGCAAAUUCUUCAACUUCAAGUUCUAAAUAAAGCAAGAGAAAGACAGCUGGAAGAACUUAAUGAGAAGCUAGAACAGAGUGCACAGCAGAUUAGGUAUCUGAAUCAUCAGCUUUCAAUGGUCAAAGAUGAAAAGGAUGGCUUGGCUAUUAGUCUUCGUGAGUCUCAAAAACUCUACCAGAGUGGAAAGGAACGGGAAGUGCAUCUUGAAGGUCAAAUAAAGGCCCUUGAAACUCAAAUUCAGACUCUUACUACCAAUGAGGAGCAGAUACUGAAGCAAUCCAAAGUGGCAGAAGUAGCCAUGGAAAGCAUGCAGAAGCAACUGUUAGAACUUCAGCGAUCAGAUGCCCUUCAGCGAGCCAGAGAACAACAUGAGGCCAUUGUUUCAACACUCAAGCAGAAGUAUGAGAACCAAGUAUUAGCAUUAGAGCAGAAACUUGAUACUACAAAAUCUGCACUCCGAGAACAGCAAGAGCUUUGCAAAAAUCUAGGAGAACAUGUUAAGCAGCUCGAAAAAAUGCUGGCAGAAACCAAAUGUGAAAAAACCGAAAUAAUAAAUCGACUGACAAGAAGCCUUGAAGAAAGCCAAAAGCAAUGUGCAAAUUUACUGCAGUCAGGCUCCAUGCAGGAGACAAAUCAGCUACGGUUUCAGUUGCAGCAAGCUCAGUCUGCGCACUUGAUAAGCAAUAACAUGAACAAGACCUUGCAGGAAGAAUUAAAGGAACUGAAGGAAGAAAUAGCUUUGUAUGAGUCUGCUGCCAAGCUUGGAGUAUUUUUGAAUGAUACAAGUGGAGAGCUGCGUACAAGCUUGGGUGAUUCCUAUGUACAUUUGGGUAUUCAAAAAAUCCCCACGAAGAAACCAAAGUUCUGCAGUGCAAUACAGAACAGAGACAUGGAUAAGGAGCUCUCGAAAGAUGAAAUUAUUGUAGAAUUAAAAGCUGAGCUGGAACGUUUAUUGAACAGUAAUAAAAUGAAGAGAAACCAAAUCACUCAAUUGCAAAAUGAUCUUAAAGAUUGCCAGAAGACAUUGGAGGAACACAAGCAGUUGUUGAAAGCAGAGAAAAUAUCAAAAGAGUCAGAGCCUGUCACAAAUCUGAGUGAUAAGUCAGUGGCCAGUCCUUUGGUUUCUGAUAAUCUUAAGGAAGAAGUUUUGAGACUCAGAAAGGCUAAUGAAACUUUGAUGCAAGAAGUUGAGAGCCACAGAUCAACUAUUGAAGAACUGAAGGAAAAUGAGGAAAAGCUGAAAAACUUAAAUCAAGAUCUCUGUUGUCAGAUGAGAAAGAUGGUUCAGGAUUUUGAUCAGGAUAAACAAGAGGCCAUUGACAGAUGUGAAAGAACUUACCAGCAACAUCAUGAGGAUACAAAAGCACAUUUUGAGAAAAAUCUGAUGGAGAGAUACGCUGCAGAAAAACAGGAGCUUAUUCAAACUUAUGAAGAGACAAUCUCCCAGUUGAAGGCUGACGUAGAGGAGCUGAACAGAGAGAUAAUGGCAGUGAAGGAGUAUUACAUCAGAGUCUGUAGGGAAAAGGACACCUUGGAAGCUACUUUAAUGAAGAAAUUUGAGCAGGAGCAGCAGCUGAAGGAAGAGAAGCUCAAGAAACAGCUACUAGAAGAAAAAGAAGACUCUCUUAAACUUCUGAGGACUGAGCUUGAAGAGAAACACACUAGUUCUAUGACAGCAGUGAAGAGGCAGUGGCUGGAAGAAAGAGAGGAAGAGGUUGCAUUAGCUAAAGUUCGCUGGGAGAAGGAAGAAAAAGAGAAUAAAGAACGAAUCUUGGCAAUAGAAAGAGAAUGGCAAAGUAGGCUGGAAGAAAUGAGAAGAACUGUAGUUGAAUGUAAUGACUGCAGCAGCCAAACUGACCAAGUAACAGUUGUGGAUGAAGCUUCAACUAAAGAGUUAGAAGGGAUGAUAGAAGACCAGAGACUGCAGACCCAGAAGUCUCUGAAAGAAAAUAUGACCUCUGGGGAGGCCUUAAAAGAACUUGAAAUAGAACUGGAAAAUAAAUACCGUAAAAAUCUUGCCAGCCAGGUAGAUGCAGCUUUAAGCCAAGCUCAUGCCAAGUGGCUGCAAGAAUUAACAGACCUCAAAGAGUACAAAGUAAAUCUAAAGCUAGAACAAGAAAAAUGGGAAAAAGAACACAAAGAGACUGCAGCAAAGCAGUUAGCUCUAGUUCUCUCAGCUGCUGAAGAGAAAUGGAAGAAAGAAUAUGAGAGUACAGAAAAAUCUGGGCCCAAAGUGAAAGAACUUGAAGAAAAAGUGAUUUCUCUCAAGAAGGAAUUGGAGCUAAAGAAAGAAGAAAUCCCUGCAGCUAUCAAAGCAGAGCUAGCAAAAGCCCGUGCUCAGUGGAACAAAGAAAAGCAGGAAGAAAUCUUGCAGAUACAAGAGCAAAAUGAGAGAGAUUACCGAGCAUUCUUAGAUGAUCACAGAAGCAGAAUUAAAGAGGUACUUGCAACAGCAAAGGAGGAUCUUGCAAAGCAGAAAAAUGAUCUUUCCAUUCAGAAAGAGGCAGAAAUAAAGAUGUUGUUAGACCAAAAACAGCGAGAAUGGGAGGCUCAGGAAACUAAGAGACUGCAGAAUGAAAUUAAUCAGUAUGAGGAGAAGACUUUGGUUGAGCUUGAGUACUUGUUGAGUGAAAUCCAUGAAGAUCUAGUCAAGUGCACACAUAGGAAGCAUUCUUGGAAGGGGAAAUAUUUUGACACUCCUGUUCAAGUAAACUGUCAACUCAAAGGCAAAUUGGAGGCUUGCUUACAAAAGGCCUACAGAACCACAGUUUACACAAUUCUGGAGAAGAAAGAGCAAGAAUGGAAAGAGAAAUACGAAGAGCUACUGAGUAAAGUAAAUAAAGAAGCAUACUCUUGCCUGCAAUGUGGUGAAGGAGAAACUGGAGAUCUUGCAAGGCCUCCUGUGGAUCAUGCUGGACACCAAGCAGAAGCACAAAGGAGGCUAAAGAGACAGACACCCUUGCAAGAAGCUGGAGCAGGCAAAGAAAACGAGAAGGAUCUAGAAGCUGUAAUUGCAGAAAACUCAGAGAUGAAGACUAAACUAAAAGACCUGGGGACACCACCAAGGGAAGGGAUCUCAAAACCUCGUACAUCCUGUGACUCUAUGAAGGGGCUGGAAGAAAUGCGUGCUCAGUACAUUAAGGCUGUGAGCAAGAUUAAAUGUGAUAUGCUGUGUUACAUCCGUGAAAGUAAGGAGAGAGCUGCUGAAAUGAUUAAAGCGGAGGUUUUAAGAGAGCGCCAAGAAACAGCACGGAAAAUGCGCAAGUACUAUUUGACAUGUCUUCAGCAGCUCCUCACGGAUAACGGCAAACACGAAGGAGCUGAAAAGAAAAUAAUGGAUGCUGCCAGUAAGCUUGCUGCAAUGGCUAAAGGACUUGAAACACCACUUCGACACAUUCCCCAAAGCAAAUACAGCUGCUCGGCUCUGCCUGAUCUACCACCUGGAGCUGAGUACUCAAAAAGGGAUGCCAUGCUUCGGACUAGGUCAAACCAUAUGGAAAGCAAAUCACAUGGUGAAAACAUGACCAAAAAAAACAGUGAUAAAGUUGUCCAGAAAUGUGUACCACGUGAUUUGAGACAGCAGUUUGAUGCAACGCAGACUGAAACUCAACAUAUGCUUCAUGAAAUAGUGACUUCAGCUAUUCAGAGUGGGAACAAUUCUAAAAAUUUGAAUGGUGCUUCAAGAGAUGCUCUGCAAGAGUUUUAUCCAAAUGACAAUGGAGGAGUAGAAAAAUAUGCCCAUGUUGUAAGUGCACACAAAGGACUCUUGAGUGCUGGUAGCAAUAGGACACAUCAGAAUGCUCCUCCAUCUGCUUCUCAGGCAAUGUUAGAAAAUAUGCAUGCACCCAACUUUACAAAUGGCCACCCCAUCUCUGGGCCAACUCAUAUGCUUCAGAGCAAGAAUGAAAGAAUGGUCUUGAAAGAGGAUAAACGUAUCCAGUCACGUGGCAAAUUGAAAAGUAAAUCUAAAAGAGCUCUGGAAUUUGACUUUCAAGAAACUCCAGAAAGAGAUGAAGGAAGUUGCAGUGAAUGGAGUUCUGUAAAUGGAAGCUUGAUUCUGGAUCGUGGUGAUGUGCCUCUCUUGUAUCCUGAACAAAAAGGCAGUACUAAUGUGCAAGCACAAACUGCAGGCUGUGGAGAGUUGCCUCCCAUCAAGUCAUUUUCCCCUGCAGAUGAACGUGUUACUUCUCAGAGAGACAUUUCUAAUGGCGAUGGCAAGAUUCUUGGCACAAAAAACAGCACUGAAGUUUAUAGUAGUGGCCACCUGAUAACAAACCCAGAGCACACCUCAUUCCUCAACUCUGAUAAAACACAUUCUGCUGUCACACAACUCAAGGCAUUGCCAGAUUCAAAUGCAGGAAAAUGCUGCAACAAAUGCUUGGGACAAAAUGGUGUGGGAUCCCCUAUCUCUUCAGCAAGAUAGUGGUUUGAUAGCCUACUUGAACUAAUGCCAGCAAUUCUUCAUUCAAAGGGAAAAAACCCUGAAGGAUACCUGUUCUAUUUGUCCAUUUCAUGACCAAUGUGACACAAUUUGAAUGUUAUGUGAAGGAAUUCCAUAAAGUUGUUUGAAAUAUUAAUGUAGACUUUUGUUUACCUUUUUAAUAACACUUUCAUAAUUGUGUAUAGUGUAUUAUGUACAAAUUUAUU